GCAAAAAGCAGCACAGGGAGUAAGAAGGACGCUGGAGCCACCAGUUUGACCAGCGCCACAAAGUUGGAUUUGGAUUAUUGUUUCUUAUGAACAAAAAUAAAGGGGGCAAAGCGUGUAACGACCCAUUUUAGGAAUUAUCUGGACAUUUUUCACUUAAAUUUCCGGAUAAACUUUUACUGGACGAUGUUUUUGCUGCUUUUGGGAGGUUUUCUGUGUAUGAAGUAUAUGUUUUUAUAUCCCUAUGGGCCAUUUCGUCUUAUUUCAUUGCCUCCAAUAUUUAUACUGAAGAUUGUAAUUAACAUAAUCUUGCAUUCCUGUUAAUUUCGAGAAUUGAAGGACAACACGGACUCCGGAUUGCCCCCCAAACGCAGAUUUUUUGGCAGUUCAUGAAUACAGCUGUAAUCACCGUGGGGAGCCUCAAGUACUUAAAUGGGUCCAUCACGAAAAAGAGACAAUCAAGCUCCUUUAUGUCUCAAGAUCAGUUGCAGUUUCUGCACAUUGUCUGUUAUGAAUAGAACGAUCUCCAAUUGAGCCUCUUCACUUUGGAGAUUUUUCGAUUUUCGUUACAGCUAUUGAAAUUAGGAUGCGUCGCCUCUUUCUCCCUUAGCUUGGUGGUUUGUUGGCCUUUUUUUUCCCCUUGAGUGACAGAUGCAAUUGACACUCGGGUUGCCUCUUAUCAAGCGAAGCAUUUCAUUCCAUCGCUAAUUGCAGAUUUAGUGCCAUCCUUUCUUUUCACUGCGUUUGAUUGCAAUACAGCCUCCCACUGCGCACAAGAGGAAUGAUCGAUCAUAUAUAGUUUUUUCUCCUCUAAUUGCAUAAAAAUUUCUUUUGUUGCCAGGGUUUAAAUGCAGGAGAAACUGUAAUUCGUUGUUUUGGACCGGAUAUAGUGUGGGUUGGGGUAGAGAUGCGUAAUGCGCAGAGCAGGCUCCGUCUCCUCUCCAAAUAGGCAGCGCUCAAGACCUGAAAAUGUCGAAGUCAGAAGUAAAGAAGGAGUCCGGUGAGUCCAGUCCGUCAGAUGCCGCCUGCCUCUGCUCUCCUCCCGCUGCCAAGAACCAGUGCGCCAGCUGCGGGAUGGAGAUCCACGACCGAUACCUGCUGAAAGUGAACAACCUGAACUGGCAUUUAGGCUGUUUGGAGUGUUCGGUCUGCAGAGCGUCUCUGCGCCAACACAGCAGCUGCUACGUUAAAAAUAAAGAAAUCUACUGCAAGCUGGAUUAUUUCAGUAGGUUUGGCACUAAGUGUGCUCAGUGUGGCCGGCAGGUGUACGCCAGUGACUGGGUGCGGCGGGCUCGAGGAAGUGUCUACCACCUGGCCUGUUUCGCCUGCUUCUCCUGCAAGAGGCAGCUGUCGACCGGGGAGGAGUUUGGCCUGGUGGAGGGCAGGGUGCUCUGCCGCAGCCACUAUGACAUCAUGCUGGACAACCUUCGCAGAGCUGCAGAGAACGGCACAGGACUGACUCUGGAAGGAGCGCUGCCCUCUGAUCAGGACUGCCAACCAAAACCAGCCAAGAGGGCACGUACGUCAUUUACCGCUGAGCAGCUGCAGGUGAUGCAGACUCAGUUUGCUCAGGACAACAACCCUGAUGCUCAGACGCUGCAGAAACUGGCAGAAAUGACUGGACUGAGCAGACGAGUUAUACAGGUUUGGUUUCAGAAUUGCCGAGCCCGACACAAAAAGCAGCCGCCUCAGAGCAGCUUUGCUCAGAGUGCUCCGCUGUCGAGGAUGCCACCAUCGCUGCCAGAAGAUAUCCACUAUUCUUCAUUCAGCAGCCCGGACCGACCACAUCUCCUGGCCCUGCAUGGAUACCUGGACACUCAUCCCUUCUCCGUCCUUGCUGCUCCGGGCCACCUGACCCACCCGUCCAUCUCCUUACCACAGCUUCCCAUCAGCCGCUGACCUGCUGCUUCUGCUUCUUCGUUACCACUUCUCUAAUAAGAUGGUGAAAACAGGGGAUAAAAAGAUCUUUUGGGACAUCCUGUUAUAGCAUCCUGCUCUGUGUGGGAGUCCACUCCUCAAGUGACAACAGGACCUCUGUUAUCUAUCAAUAAGCUGAGCUGUGGUGAUGACUUCAAGCUAAUGUGGGACUUUACUUUAAAUUUUCCUUGUUCCUUUUUUUUCCAGAGAAGAAGAACUCUUUUGUGUUUCUUUUCUUAAAGGACACAAGGCAUUGCAAGCAGGUCAGGAGUUUUGCCUUUUUUGAUUUUCUUGUCACAGAAGACAUUUCAAUUGCUGCAACAUGAGCUUUCGAGAAGCAGAAAAGAGGAGUGUCCUAUAGCAGUACUACAGUAAAACCUCAGCAUUGUUUUGAUUUUGUGUUGGUGAUGAGCACAGUUGCAGCUUUACUGUUGUUUGUUGUCAGAAAAUGGAAACUAAUUUAUUCUAAGCAAAUCUUUACUUUUAAAAAGCACUUUUAAAUGUGUCUUUACAUGAAUUAAUUCAGUGAUUGUACACUGUAAAUACUGCUAUGGUUUAAUAAAAUGUUUCAG